UAUCGGUGUGUCAGCCAGCUUAUAAUACUAUUUUCAACAGCGUUCGUCGCCAGUCUACUCGUAACGACGAUUGAAAGCAACAGCUCGCACGUAAUUGUGUGUAAAAGUGAUGUGCGAACGAUCGGAGAGAGACUUGUUGGAUCCUUUGAUCAACAAAAUAGUGGCGAAUCUUGGCAAAGAUUUCGAUGACGUACGCUACGAGAUAUCAGUGCCAAAAGAUUCCUUCUUCAUCUCGAAUCUCUACUUCCUCAACAUAAACUCGAAUGCCAAGGACACGGAUAAAAGGAGAACGGUGAACCUUGUUCUCAAGAAACCGCCCGUUAUAGCCAGCGUACGCGAUGUAAUGAAAACGGACGAGCAAUUCCACAACGAGAUACUGUUCUAUCAAAAAUACGCGAAACACCACGAAGAAUUUGCUCAAUGCGUGUUCACGGAGGAGAAACCGCCAUCCGACUCGGCGAUCGUUCUCGAGAACGUAGUCGUCCAACGUGGAUACGACAUCUGCAAAUGGAAAUACGACAUGCCUAUCGAGUACACGAUGGCCGCGUUUCGAGAGAUCGCGAGAUUCCACGCAAAAGCUUACGUGACGAAGGAGAGGCGCCGUGAGGAAUUCUUCGAUUUCGUGAACGAACUCAAGGAGGUCAGGUAUUACUCGGAAUCGAUCUUGAAAGUUGUUCAUGACGAAACGGCGAGCAGAUCGGUGGAAUAUCUUCGCGGGCGAGGAUACGAUCCACGAUUCUGCGACAAACUCGAGGAUAAAUUGAGGAAUGCAUACGACGGUUUGAUUAUGAAAUACGUGCAACCCGAGGAACCUCUCGCCACGCUUUGCCACGGUGACUUCACUAUAAACAACAUGUUGUUCAAGAAUGAGAACGGUGAAAUUAAAUGUAUGUUCAUCGAUUUCGCCUUGACUAGGUACGGAUCGCCGGUCUUGGAUUUGUCCACGUUUCUCUGCCUCCAUUGCGCGAGACAGAUCGACAAGAGCAUGCUUGAUAAAGUUUUAAAGGUGUAUCACGAUUCCUUGACUCGAUGUCUCGAGGAAAAUGGCGUGGAUAGUGAGAAAUAUUCGUACGAGGUUUUGCGAGAGGAUUACAGGAGGAAGGGUCUGUUUGGAUUUUUCAUCGCCACAUUUUUCUUGCCUACAGUGAUGGGUUUGAGUUGCGGUGGUCCGGAAGAAUUGUUCAAGAUGGAUAUUAAGGACUGGGGAUCGGUGUUGCGUGAACAAGGUGGUGACGAAUGUUCGGAAAUUAUGGCGAAUAUGUUGUUGGGAUUGAAAGAAUUCGGAUGUUUGGACGAUUUGCUUGACGAUUGAUUUUCAAUACUCCUUUGUUAAUUUUUUUAAGUAUUCUUGUUAUUGUUUUCCUCCUUUAAAGUAUUUUAUACAUUCUUUUUGUUAUUAAGUUCUUUUCAAUUUCAAUAUUUUAGAAGUAUUUUAAAUUAAUGAAUUAAUAAAUGAAAAAAAAAAGUUGCGCUUUAUUAUUUGAAAAUGUGAAAUUUUAAAAUGAUGAUGAUAAUGAAAAGAGAAACAUGGAAAUGAACCAAAAAAAGUCAAUACAAAUAAAUAAAUCUUUGUACGUAUUUCAAUGUGAUUGUUUCAUUAUCUUUCUUAUCUUCUCGUUAUUAUUUAAAGACAAAUUGUUUCAAAGAUAUAUCUUUCUAACCUGAUUCUAAACACUGGCGUGAAAUUAAUUAUAUAUACACACAUUACAUCAGUGUCUGGCAAUCAUCGUUUUUAUUACAUAGUAUGACGUGUUCUUUAUUUCUCAUCAAAAACAUAGAAAUAAUAACGUGCAAAGAAUAUUAUAAAGAAUUUUUCUAAAUGUUUUUCUACAGAUCAAAUACAUAUGCUCAUCGAUUUCUACUCAAUAUCGAUCAUAAAUGCCAAAGAUCAAACAUUGUUUGAACAUGAUAAUAUAAUCUAUUUAAAAUUA